GCCGGGCCUCGCUGCCGGCGCUGCCCGCGCUCGGAGGCGCAGCCCCAGCCCCGCGGGAGCACCUGCCGCCCGCCCCCGGGGCCGCGGGGCGGCACCUGCCGGGCCGGGCCGGGCGCCGAUCGCGGGCGGGCAGGGCGGGCAGGGCGGGCAUGGCGGCGCGCUGAGAUGAAAGUGACCGUGUGCUUCGGGCGGACCGGCAUCGUGGUGCCCUGCAAGGACGGGCAGCUCCGCGUGCGGGACCUGACCCAGCAGGCGCUGCAGCGCUACCGCAAGGCCCAGGAGAAGGAUCCAACUUCCUGGGUAAAUAUUCACCACCUGGAGUAUACAGAUGGAGGAAUCCUGGACCCAGAUGAUGUGCUGGCAGAUGUUGUGGAAGACAAAGAUAAGCUGAUUGCUGUUUACGAUGAACAAGAAACUCACCAUAAGACUGAUGGCACCAAUGGCAAUUUGACAGACAGAAAUAGCCCAGACUCUUUUGAGACGGAGGUGGCAACUCAGCUGGCAGCCUUUCAGCCCAUUGGUGAGAUUGAAGUGACUCCUUCUGCCCUAAAACUGGGAACGCCACUUCUGGUGCGAAGGAGCAGUGAUCCAGCUUUGGGCGCACCUGCUGAUUUCCCAAGUGCUUCUCAUCCCGGUGACCACAGUCUCAAGCAUGUCGUGGCAGGUGCUUCCCAGGCAUCCUUUCAGGAUGGGGAGAUGAACCUCACUGGACACACAGAACUGUUGUUGGCUCAGAGGGCCCGACUCCCUGUCAGUGAAUUGACAAAAACAGUGGAGAUUUCUGGGGAAGGUGGACCCUUGGGAAUACAUGUAGUGCCCUUCUUUUCAUCUUUGAGUGGAAGGAUGCUGGGACUCUUCAUCCGUGGUAUUGAAGAAGACAGCAGAUCUAGGCGUGAUGGUCUUUUCCAUGAAAAUGAGUGCAUUGUGAAGAUUAACCACGUGGACCUUACAGAUAAAACCUUUGCACAGGCUCAGGACAUCUUCCGUCAGGCAAUGAAAUUUCAAAGUGUCAUCUUGGAAGUCCUUCCUCCCUAUAAUCGAGAGCAGUAUGAGAAGUCUGCUAUCGCUCCUCUUUUUCUGGAUAAUGAAGAAGGAGUUCCAAAAGCAAAGAUACCACCUCCUAUUCAUCCAAAACCUGCUCUGAAAACAAUUAAUCUUUCUGGAACAAGCAGCUUGGAGGCAGGUGCACAGGCAAUGCUGCAACAAGCUAAGAGCCCCAACCUCCCACGUCUGAGUAGAAAGCCAUCUUCUCCCUCACUGUCUCCCCUUAUGGGCUUUGGCAAUAAAAAAAAUGCAAAGAAAAUAAAGAUAGACCUGAAAAAAGGUCCAGAAGGACUUGGUUUCACUGUGGUUACCAGAGACUCUUCAGUACAUGGUCCUGGUCCAAUCUUUGUGAAGAAUAUUUUACCGAAAGGUGCAGCAGUAAAAGAUGGUCGUUUGCAGUCAGGAGACAGAAUCCUGGAGGUGAAUGGACGGGACAUCACUGGCAGGACCCAGGAAGAGCUGGUAGCUAUGCUGAGGAGCACAAAGCAAGGGGAAACUGUCUCUUUGAUUGUGGCUCGUCAGGAGGAGGCCUUUCUACCUCGAGAGCUGAAAGGAGAGCCAAACUGCAGUAUUUUUUCUCCAGAAACCACAGAGCAGCUGACCUUUGAGAUUCCUCUGAAUGAUUCUGGCUCUGCUGGACUUGGUGUGAGUUUGAAAGGCAACAAAUCUCGUGAGACUGGAGCUGAUCUUGGGAUUUUCAUCAAAUCUGUUAUUCAUGGAGGCGCUGCUUUUAAGGAUGGUCGUUUGCGAGUAAAUGAUCAACUUGUUGCAGUUAAUGGGGAGUCGCUGCUGGGCAAGUCAAAUCACGAGGCCAUGGAAACACUGAGGCGCUCCAUGUCCAUGGAAGGGAACAUUCGUGGGAGGAUCCAGCUGGUAGUUCUCCGGAGACUAGAGGUGCAGACAGAGGAACGCUCAGACCAGGGAGUCUUUCAAAAAUCAGCCUUUGAUGGGAGUCAUAACUUCACAGCUGCUUCCCGACGCAACGAUGCCAUUCUUCAGCAACUCGUCACAUGCAGUCCUCAGGAGGGAAUAAAAGAGUUUUCAGUGUCUGAUCGUGGCAAUGGUGAAAACGAAACCCCUCCACCUCUCCCGCCACAUCCCAGUGAGGAUUUGCUGAAUGAGAAUUAUCAUAGCCCUAUCAUAAAUUCAGCAGUGCAUUUAACAGAUCAGCACAUCAACUUCAGAUCUUUGACACCAGCCAAGCAGUCUGAAUCAAUUAAUCUGAAAGCCUCAAAAAGCAUGGAUCUGGUGGCAGAUGAAAGCAAAGUUGGUUUGUUGGCCGGACACAAAUCGGACUAUUCUGGCAAAGAUUUUGGUCCUACUCUGGGAUUAAAGAAGUCCAGUUCUCUUGAGAGUCUUCAGACUGCCGUGGCUGAAGUUAGGAAGAACGAACUCCCUUUUCACAGACCCAGGCCUCACGUGGUCCGGGGUCGGGGAUGUAACGAGAGUUUCCGAGCUGCCAUUGACAAGUCUUACGAUGGACCUGAAGAUGGAGAAGAGGAUGGUUUCUCUGAUAAGAGCUCUCACUGUGGUCAAGAAGCUCAGAACGUGGAAUCUGGCCCUCCAGGGAACCCUGAAAUAGAAGAUGCAGAAAGCAAAGCAAAAAAAGACAAAAAAAAUAGAGAGAAAGAGAAGAAAAAGGGCAAAUCUAAAAUCAAGGAGAAGAAAAGGAAGGAAGAAAAUGAAGAUCCAGAAAAGAAGAAGAAGAAAGGCUUUGGUGUCAUGUUGAGAUUUGGAAAGAAAAAAGAAGAUAGAAGUGGGAAAGCAGAUCAGAAGGGGAAUCCAAAGCAAGGCAUGCUUAAAGAGGAGGAACUGGAGAAAAUGAAAGAUGAACGUGAAAGGAUUGGUGCAAAACAUCAGGAGUUACGGCAAAAGCAACUGAGAGGCCUGAGUGAUUAUUCUACUGGUCCUGGAGGACUUGACAUUGAUGACGAUGAGGUGGAUCCAAAUUAUGCCAGAGUAAACCACUUCCGAGAGGCUUAUCCAUCAGCAAGCAUCUACAGGCCAUCAUCACCAGCAGUAGCAGAAACCUUUGUAUAUCCACGUGAUUCUCCUUCAGCACCAAUGGAGAGGGAACAUUUGGAAGGACUAUAUGCAAAAAUAAACAAGCAGCACUACCCACAGAUUUCUGGUGACAGUGGCUGUACAGGUAGUGGGAAUGCUGACCGUAUCCAGAGGUUACGGAAGGAGUACCACCAGGCCAGGCGAGAAGGUUUACCUUUCUAUGAGGACGACGAAGGACGAACACAGCUGUCUGACUACGACCAGCGUUGGGUGCCUGGAAAAGGUCCAGAUGGGAGCUCAUACAAUCUUCACUUCGAGGGGAUGGAAAGGCAGUAUGCAUCUUUACCCAGGCGUGGACCUGCAGAGCCACUAGAAUAUUUAACAGGGCCACGAGUAACAUACAAAGAGAGAGAUCUUCCCUACUACCAAGGAGGACAGCCUGUUAUCCACCCACCUAAGGGGAACCACAUCCGUGCACCAGACACAAGAGUGGCAGAAUUGAGGUACCCCCAGUAUUACCCAGCCCAGCCCGUCACAAACCAGCAUAAAGGACCCCUCCGGCAGGACGUGCCACCUUCCCCUCCUCAGUCCCACCGAGCACCAGCUUAUCAUGAAAUUGUCCGACACCGUGGGACCAGUCCAGACCAGUACCAGUACAGGCAACAGGAUCCCAGGCAGAAGAACCCCAUGACUGCAGCUGUAUAGCCAUGCACUGGACUCGCCAGCACAGCCCAGGAGGAGUCCCGUCGGACAUCAUCCCUGUAGAGUUGUUCCCAAGCAUAGCUGCCUGUAAGAAUGGCACACGAGACCUGGAGUCGUUCUUACUGAGCUGGGCUCAGCGUAGGUGCUUUCUAACAGGCGAACUAAAAGCCACGUGAGGUACGAAGUGUUUUGAGUAUGUGAGGUACCAGACAGUUGUGUGUUUUUUAAUUCCCUUUAGAAAUAGAAAGUGGCUGCUGGAAAUGAAACACAACACUAAAUACACCUCAGGGCUAUUUACCGAAUCCAGUUACACCUAUACAGUACAUAGCUGUCUGUGCAAGGGCAGCAGAGUCACCAGAGUUUACUUCAGAGCGCUGUUGUAGAGCCUUUAAAGUGAGAACACAGCAUGCAGUAUGGACUUCACGUGGAGCUGGGGAUCUUGUGUAAUCCAGUGUGUGAUCAUGAGUUGACAAGGGACUACCACAGAGGUAGUGGCCACAUUCCAGCAGCUCUGUGCUUUAAGGAUGCUGCAGUUCCAGAUUUAUCAUCUGGUCUCUGUCUUCCUCUUUCUUUUCGGUGGUGGCAGCAUUUAUCUUGUAGCCUUUACUUUUUGCAGUUUGUGGAUCAAGAGUCUCCUCUUAUUGCACCUGCUGCAUUCAGAAUAAGACAAAAAGCUUUAUUCUUUAUGCUUGGGCAGGCUCACAGGACAGGCAGCCAGCCAGCCACCUGAGAACUGUGUCUCUGUGUGUGUGUGUGCUUGUGAAUGUUACUUAGUUAUGUAGUGUGCAGUCUUUAAAUGUAAACCCUGGAGAUAAGAUCCUCAGCUCCUGUGUGUUGUUCUUGGGGUUUCAGUGGAGCUGGCCUGUAGGAAGUGGCUGAGGAGGUGACUGUGGGCAUGGACUCCAUAAUUCAUCUUAAGCUACUAUAUCUUAAGCAUCUUAAGUGCUGCCUUGGCUCCAUCAGGGCAGCCCCUUCCCGGCCCUCUCCGGCCGGUGUUCCAGCGAAGUGCCUGCCAGCAGCGUGCUGUGCCCUGGCUGCCUGCUGCACGGGAAGGCACCUGUUGGUGUGGGGCCACUCUCAGUCCACAAGUGAAGCUCAGCCUCUGGCAACGCCUCGCCCUGCCGUGCCAAGUGCCAAACUACGAGUUCCUGCAGCCACCAGCGGCCAUCAGGUCAGUGGGGGAAGGGGCUUUUCACAGGAAGGGGUGAAGGAAAAUACAAGAAAAGCAACUCCUUCAAGACCCUGGGGCCUAGCAGGAAGAGGAGAGAAUAGCUGUUUGUAGCAAGCUAUGUGCAGCAGUGCAUAGGAAGAGAGAAGGUGAGGGUGGGGAGAGGGUGCCAGCAGCACAGCAGAGCCAGGUAGGGGGACAGGGCAUCGGCGUACAUGCCUGACUCUUUGCCCCACACAGCUUGAGCUUGCUCUGCAGACAGCCAACCUGGGAAGAGGUCAGAAAUGCAUGUCCCAGCCACAGGGACCUGUGCAACCUGGCCCAAGAGGGCUGUGAGUGCUUAGAGAUCUGUCUCAAGGAUUUUGUCACAGGGAAACCAUGCAGUCAUGCGACCUAGAAAUAUAUUAUUUCCAAGUGUCCUUAAUUCCUCGACUUCUGCCUUUUGGGAGUGUUACUAAACCAUUAGGCCUCCUCUCCUCAUCAGGAAAAGACUGUGACCUGGCCAAGGAUUAAGCAUAAGGAUUUCUUUGAUGUCUUUUUGACACCUUUGGUAUGCAACAGAUUAAAUCACAUAGGUAAUUUCCCAGGUAUUAAAUAUCACCAGGAAGGUUUGUCCUGCUAGGAGUGUCUCCCACCAGCAGGUAGUGACCCUGAUGAGAAGCACUAUUUAAUCCCAGCCCACGUUUCUUCUCUGCUGCUGAUGCUGGUGAGAGACUGGCAUAACCCUGAGGCAUGGGGAGUACUUGCAGCUGCCUGACUGGCCAGCAGGCUCUAGCCAGGCUGGGAAGCAGGGGAGAGGAGACAGCUUUCGAGUGGGGGGGAGCGUGAUUCAGAGAGAGGGCUGGACUCCCUGGGGUAGGGGCAGGCACAGUUUUAAACCCAGUCAGGAGGAAGCUUUGGUGGGAGUGGGAGAGGGAGAAGAAUGCAACUGAUUAUGAAGCAAGUGCGUUUGGUUCUUGUUCCAUUUCUUUCUGCCCUCUUCCCUAGUAAUGUAGGAGGGAAAAAACUCUGGAGGGAGUGUUGGAUGAAAAGCUGGAUGUCUCUCAGUACCCUCCAUAAAUAAGGCGGAUUCCCCAAGGAAACUCUGCCUGUCAUGUACGUGCUUUACACAGCCUUGUACUUCUCUCAGAGAGUUUUAAAUGCUGUAGGAUACUCAGCCAGGACUUGGCAGCCGCAGGAUAGCUGCUGGUGUUAUAAAGGCCUGUUGAAAGUGAAGCAAAAACAAAUUAAAAUACUUUCCUUUUCCUCCUUGAAAUAUAACCCCUGAUACGUUUGAUCCAGCUGUAAAGAAACUAAUAUGUUUGCGACAGUGGCUUUAUCAAGCCAGGCCACAAUUAAGAACAGCUCUGAAUAUAAGCUACUGCCUUUGUAAAUCACUCUGAACUAACCCUUCAAAUGGCAUCGCAGCACAGUGAACAGAACUUAUUUACAGUAUUUCAUGAACCAGGGCCAAAUAAAAUCUGGAUGAAAACAGCUCCUGGGUUAUUUAUAGCCUUUGAAGGACCUGUGCAAUUGUCUCCCCGUAACCCGAAUCUUUCCUUAAGAGCUCUCUGUGACUGCAUCGGCUCCACUCGGUUGAGGCAGACAGAUCAAACGAACACCUUCUGAGCUGUUAAUCUUACCCAACAGGUUAUUAAAUGAUGCUUCUGCUCAGUAAGCAGAAGUCAGUGAAGAGCUUCUUCCAAUAAAAAAAAAAAAAGAAAAAAAUAGUGCUAUAACUAUAAUAUAUGGAGGCAUCCUACAGGUAAGGAGCUAAGGAGGAAGAACAGUGUGACCUAGCUGGGGAAACAAGACCAAAAAGUAUUACAGAGCAUCUCAUCAAUCUCUGGUGCCAUUGUUCUGGAAGAAAAUUGCCGUUUUCUGGUUUAAUAUCUGGUAGAGGUACGGUAUUUUCAAAAGUAUAAUGUGUAACUACAGUAGAUAUAGUCAGAUUUUCUGCAGUGUAAAAUGUAUGAUUUUAGCACCAUAUUGUGGAAAAAUAUGUACCGUGCAGAAUUCACGAGGUGCUACAACUGACGGUUGAAAAUACACACUUGCAAAAUCCAAAAGAGCCGUUAAGUAACAAGUUGUUCUUUUCCCCAUAUGUCCAUAUGUUUGGGAAAAUUAUGAGUCUGAAAUGCUCUUGACACGUAAUUGCCUCACACUCCCUCAUCCAAAAUGUGCCAGUCCAGCAGUAAAGUUACUGACGUAGUGGGUGUGAAGGGAAAGCUGGGUUUGCCACGGGAGCAGCGUGCUGUAAGUGUGCGUGUGAACAGGAGUCAAGACAAGAGGGAGAGAGGCCCGCGCUCAUGUGAAGCUGGAAGCUUUGAUUUCCUGAGCUGGUGGCGUGCAGCCUGCAUUUCUGGCUCUGGCAUGAGGCCAGCCAGGCCCAGCAGUUGAAAGAUUAAGAGAUAGAAAAAGAGCCUGUGGAUUUUCUGAGUGACCACCCACUAGUGAGCCAUAAUCUUGGCCUGCAAGUCAACAUUACCACUGUGAUAUAUUAUGAUGCAGAAGUCUCUAGGCACCCCUAUGCAUAAAGAAGUAUCAAUUGCCCUUUUUGGGGGGAAAAAAGGGGAGAACUAAGUAUUAAAAAAAAAAAAAAAAGGCUCCUGCCUUGAAAAAGUGCAUGCAGCCCUGAAUUCCAAUUCACUCCAGCUUCCUGAUCUAGAAAUAGCUUCACAUGCUGCCUAAUUUUUUUACAGAUGACUUGUGCUACCUCCUCCUCCCAGCCAUCACAGAUUUGUUUAUCAGAGAGUUAGUGCUGUGAGUGAAUCCUACCGACUGCUCUACCUGACGCUCUGCUCUGAGCAGGGGCUGCUUUGCACUUCCAAAGGGCCCCACACCUGUGCCCUCAUCACAGUUGUUCUGCAGGGUCCUUAAGCCUUAUGUGCAAAAUCAGAAGCACUAUUCACUAUGUCUGCAUAGAAGAGAAGGCUUUCUAACUACUCUGUUAUUGUGAGGGAGAGAGAGGUGCUUGUGAUCCUGACAAUACCUGUGUGUUUAAGUGAAACUUGAUUUAAAAAUCAUGUGUGAUUGUUUUGGGGGAGAAAUUUGACACAUAAUUCGAGAGGUUUUUUCUAGUACCACGUCAAAGAUUUUGAUCUUUUGUUACAUAUGGCUAUAUAAAUUUUACCUGUUUUAUUUUGCAUUAAAAUAAAGGCUUUAAGACUAUA